AUGUCUUUGGUUCAACAUUUUGGAAAACCAGAUCUAUUUAUCACAAUGACAUGUAAUCCUGAUUGGGUAGAGAUCAAAGAAAAUUUGUUACAAGGACAACUUCCUCAAGACAGACCUGACUUGGUGACUAGAGUCUUUAGAGCAAAGCUACAAGAUUUAAAAGAUCAGAUAUUCAAGAAAAGGAUAUUUGGUCCUUUUGUAACACAUGUUUUUGUGGUUGAAUUUAAAAAAAGAGGACUACCACACAUACACCUUUUAUUAAUACUUGAACAAGGAUACAAGAUGACAUCGCCCGAUGAUUAUGACAAGUUUAUUGCCGCUAAACUUCUUGAUAAAGAAGAAUUUCCAAUCUUGUAUGAUUUGGUUGUCAAGCAUAUGAUGCAUGGUCCGUGUGGAAAGAAUCAUCCAGCAAAUUCAUAUAUGAAAGAUGGAUAA